AUGGCUCCCUGUCGCAAGCUCAAACGCCUCUGGGCGGUAAUUGUCACUGCCAUGGGUCGAAAGCGUCGUCGACAUGACUACGAAGUGCAUCUCGUCCCCGAUGAUGAUGACGACCGGCCGCCCACUGCUGCAGCGACUACAGAAAAGACCCGCCAUGUCGACUAUGUCCAGAGUUCGGCUGGCCUCUCUAGCCACACGUCGUUCUACUCCCUUCCUAGUUCACCGGGCCCUAGUACAACCUCCCUCCCGGAGCUCAUCCCUGACGAACUUGACGUGCUUGACGAGGACAUCGGGCCCAAUUACCAGUUCACUGCGGAGGAUACCAGGGAGGCCGAACAGCGGCGACGAAAGCAUACAGCCAGUGAUCAACCAUUGCACGAAUGGGCUGUCGGAAUCGACGACUGGCUGCUCGAGCUCUUACGCCUCGAAGGCCGCGGCGAAUAUACUGGCGAGCAAUGCUCCUCGUGUGACGAUGGUCUGGCGGAAUACCGCUGCGCAGAUUGCGCGGACCUGCAGCUCUAUUGCAGUGCUUGUACGGUCUCAAAUCAUUCACGUAACCCUUGGCACCGUCUCACGGUCUGGGUAAAGGAUCACUUCCGCCGCACGACGCUCAAACACCUGGGCAUGCGCAUUCAGCUUGGCCACCCACCCGGCGAGCGUUGUCCGAACCCGAAACCGGCCUUCAAUGAUGACUUUGUCAUCCUUGACAUCUCAGGCAUUCACCACAUCGGCAUCGACUUCUGCAACUGUCACCAGAAGCGACAGCUACCUAUCCAGCUCAUGCGUGCACGGCUCUUCCCAGCCAUGGUCACCAACCCGAAGACGGCGGCUACCUACCGGCUCCUGGAGCACUUCCACCUUCUGCGCACGCAGUCCAAGAUAUCCGCGCACGAGUUCUACCAAACCUUGGCGCGCCGAACUGAGAAUGUGGCCCCGCAGGAGCCUGCAGAUCGCUACUCGGCAUUUCUUCGGAUGACGCGUGAAUGGAGCCAUCUGAAGAUGCUAAAGCGUGCGGGUCGUGGCCACGCUCCAACAGGUGUCAGCGGGACGUCACCCGGCGAAUGCGCGGUCGAGUGUCCUGCGUGCCCUCAUCCCGAGAAGAACCUACCGUCGAACUGGAAGACGGCGCCAAAAGAAAAGAGCUGGCUGUACCGGCUGUUCGUCGGCCUCGAUGCGAACUUCCGGUUGAAGCGCAAGAAGGUCUCGAACGACCGUGUUGAUCCUGGCCUCAACAAGGGGUACGCGUUCUUCGUCGAGGACAUCAAGUACAAGGAGUUCCUCCGGCAAUUUGAUGAUAUGCCCAAAGAGUCGAACACAUGUCACAACCACGACGCGAUCAAGCUCGCGAACAUCAAGAAGGUCCGUGAGACUGACACCAGCGGCGUUGGAACGGUCGAGUGUACACGACACGACAUGAAGCGACCCUGCUCGGUUGCCGACCUCCAGGUCGGGGAGCGGUAUGUCAACAUGGAUUACAUAUAUUUCUCCAGUCUCUUGCAUCACGCCACGCCGGAGAUCGUCACCUCGUACGACAUCUCCUGUCAAUGGUCUCGUAACCUUUGGUCGCGCCGUUCAACGUAUGGUCUGCCGUUUGAUCCUGGGAACCACCGCAUCCGCUUCCUGAUCCCGAAGUUCCACUUGCCCGCUCACCAGUCCUCGUGCCAGACCGACUAUUCCUUCAACUUCACUGCAGGCGUGGGCCGCACCGACGGAGAGGCUGUGGAGCGCGGGUGGGCCGCGGUCAAUCCGUUUGCGUCGAGCACGAAGGAGAUGGGCCCAGGCCAUCGUCAUGAUGUGCUGGACGACGUCUUUGGCGACUACAACUGGCGGAAGGUCCGACAGAUGGGUCCGGCGUUGCUGUCGAAGAUCAAGGACGCAGUACCUAACGCCAGUGAACACCAGCUCGCCUUCGAGGAAUUCACGGAGGUCCUCCCUCUUGGCAGUGUCGCGGCGUGGACGAACAUGGUGGAGAAGUGGGAAGACGACCCUGCGAACAAUCCAAAUCCCUUCGUGGCGGUUGAACCGAAGAUGACCAUGGCCGCUGUGCGACGGGAGCUCGCGGAGGAAGAGUCUGCCCUGCUCCAGGCAGGUACACUGGUGGCCUGCCACGACGACAUGUCCCCGACUGUCAUGAUCACAGCCGGAUUAGAGCUUGAGGACCUCCAGGAACGCCUCCGCCUGGAAACGGCAAAGCUCAGCACCUAUUCUACGGACAAGCAACGCGCAGAUCUUCUCGAACGUACAAACACCCUCCGUCGCAAGAUCGACGCGUGGGCCAAGAUCCAGCAAGUCUAUAUCCCCGGCGUCGAGGUCCUUCGCACAAACACGCUCAAGGCGUCUGGCGACAAAGACGCGGCAGUCUACGACUUCCCUCUCCUACUCCCUUCGGCAAUCGAGUCCAGGCUCCGAGUCGAACCUACUCUCCGGGAGUUCGAGUGGCGCCUCCGAUACGCGCAGGCGCACGAGUCCCUUGACUCCCUUCGACAGCACCUUCGCCUUUCGAGCCACUUGUAUCACUUCAAAGAUCGCUUCACGCGUGGGCAACGCGAGAACACUCGCGCUAGGUCCGUCAUCGACACCGUCGAGCAGAAGGUCCGUGCCGAUUCUGCUCGUUAUCGACGAGUCAGGCAGGCUCUCUGGCAGCUUAGUCGUCUCCUCGGAAAGUCGGGCUGGGAAGAGACGCUCAAGGUACUCACCGACAACGAUGUGCGUCUGAUGACGCGAGAGGCGGCGGGCAAUGAGAAGGAGACGGAAGGUACUCGCAUCUUGUCUUGGAUCUGGCGCACGACUCCACAGGUUGGCCCCAAAGACGCGCAAAAGCCUGAACUGCAUGAAGCCUUGCGAAUUGAGUGGUGCAGGACGCGAGCGCGAGCAAAGCGUUGGCAAGAAGAAGUCGAACUCGUACGAGAGGAGAUGCGGCGGGUGCUCGCUUACCACGAGUGGAAAGCUGAUGAAUGGCUCAGCAAGGCAGACCCGCGCUCGGACACACUUUCGGCCGACUACUGCGAAGGCCUUUCGGCGUACGCGUAUCGCCAGGCGGAGAUACGUAAGUCUAUGCGGUCGAUCUGCGAGAAGGUCUGGCGCUUCGUGGACACAUGGGUCAUUGUCGGGAAGGGCCUGACGGAGGACGACGCGUCGAACACAUGGAACGCGCUCAAGAAGGGCCUGAUGGAGGAUGACGCGGCGGGAAGUGAGGCUGAGCCGGAACGCGACGGGGACAGCGAGUCGUGA